UGUUCGCGCACUCGUUCGAAAUCGGUAAGCCCGCUUCACGUCCGCAUCGAGUCGCGUGGGCAGCGCGCGCCACGGUGUUCGAUAUUAAUCGUCGUCACUCGUCGUAUUUUCGUCAAACGUCCGUUUCGAUUCGACGGUGCGGUGUUAACGUCGGCUUGGCUCGGCCAAACUGCAGUUCGAUCUGAAUGAGUGUGCUGCGUCUGUCUCCUGUUGCUCCGCCGUUGCACGGCGGUUGACAUUGGCGUCCGGCGAUUGGCAGUCUCGGCGAGACGAAAGGGGGAAAGGACCGAAGGAGUGGUUGACGGACUCGGCCGUACGACGUGAAGGUGGUAGCGGGAGCUUUCGCGUCGCAGCCCCGGGCGCGCAGCCGGAUUUCUGUGCUACACGGACCCCCGCGGACGUAGGCGAUUCGUGCUAGCCUCGUCCAGUUUGACUUUCGUCCCUUCGUUAGGUCCAACUAUCGCGCCAAAACGCCACAUCGAAUAGCACAUAUUCAUAUGGUGCAGACAGGGAUGGCUGCGCCCUAUGGUGGGGGUGUCUUCCCUCCUCCGGUAAACGGGGUCGCGGGUGUCGUGGGGGCGGCCGGUGCAGCCGGUGACGUUAAGCCACCGCCACCAGUGACGGUGAAGGAGGAGAAUGCCGGUGCGCCCCAGCAACCACCCCCGACCGGCGGGCCCCAGGUGCCGCCUGCGGCGGGCGCACCCCAUCCCGCCGCCCCUGGUGCGCCGACCGCUGCCAGCUUCAGUCCGCCACCGCCUCCGAACGGGGUCGAUCAACAGGCCAUCUCGGAGGUAUUCCAGGCUGCAGUAGUAGCAGCGGCAGCUGCAGCCGCGAGUGGCGGUGGCCAGCAACCAGCACCAACACCAGGCGGUGGCAGUGAGACCAACCCCGAAGGCGGAGUGGAGACUACUGCGUUGGUACCUGUCACGUCAGGCGCGACGACACCCGCGACAGCGACACAAGGCACUGACCUCAAAGGUCAACCGAAACGCUUGCACGUCAGCAACAUACCUUUUCGUUUCCGAGACCCUGACCUCAGGGCAAUGUUCGGGCAAUUUGGGCCAAUCCUUGACGUGGAAAUUAUAUUUAACGAAAGGGGAAGCAAGGGAUUCGGUUUUGUAACAUUCGCAAAUAGUGCUGACGCGGACCGGGCACGUGAGAGGCUACACGGCACCGUGGUUGAGGGCAGAAAGAUUGAGGUGAACAACGCAACUGCGAGGGUACAGACGAAAAAACCGCCGACGGUGCCGAACGUGUGCGUACAGUGGCCCGAGGCUGCGGCACUUAGAGGAGUUGCCAUACAACGUGGCCGAGUAGGAGCAGCGAGGGCGACUUUCCCAACCAGCGCGGCUGCCUUGGCACUGGCCAGGAAUCCGGGGCAACUUGCAGCUGCAGCUGCGGCUACGGCCCUACAUCCCUUCGCACCCGCCGUUUACUACGACCCUUUCCUCGCGGCUCAUGCAGCGACGCAGGAUCCCAACUACAGGUUGCAGCUGGAAUGGCCUCAAGCAACAGCUGACGCCGCGGCAGCGGCAGCCGCAGCCUCACCAUUGUUGAAGACACCACUAUCAACGGCACAGCAGGCUACAUACGCAGCUGCAGCGACCUACACGGCGGUGGCUGCGCGCGCAUACGGCGCAGCUGCAGCUGCGGCACAACCGGUCGCAGGAUAUGCCGCAGUCGCGGGCUACGGGCGUGAAUACGCCGAUCCCUACCUCGGACAUGGCAUCGGACCUGUAGCGGGUUAUGGGGCAACUGUAUACAGAGGUGGCUACAAUAGGUUCACGCCAUACUAAAUGGAUCAUUAGUAGAACUCAAGAGCCUUCCAAGUUAUACUCAGCAGAACAUGACCAGACACGAGUCGACACAAUCAUCACCGUCAUUUUUGUCAUCAUCGAGAUCAUCCACGAGACGACGAGCCUGGACCCUCCCUGACUCGCUGAUUUCACUUUCCAACUUUGUGACUCAAGGUCAUCGUGAAGAUGCGAAAUCCUCGACACCGAAAUCGAAACAGAACUGUUAUUAACGUGAAAAGCACAGUCGUGCUUUUCUACGUCAAAUCUUUAAAUAGUACCUUCGAAACUACAAUAUAUAAGCGAUAAUUGAAAUAGGCGAGAAAAAUCUGUCUGUAAAAAUGCAACAGCAGCGUCGAGGUCGGCGCAUCAAAGUAUCGAGUCGUGUUCGGCCGGAAAUCGCCUUUAAAGUUGCCUCUAAAGUCGCUCCCCUGCCAGCAGCUAUUCGCAGGGGGGAGUCUUCUACUUGAUUCCGUUUCCAUCUGAUCAAUUGGUCCGAGUAAAUUAUACUGAAUUCCAAAUAUCAAAAUUGAUAUAAAACUAAUGGUAACUGCUUCUCUUUCGAAUUUUACUCUGCACAAAAUUAUUUUCGAUAAUACCAUCACGUUUCUCUGUAUUUGUCAUAUAUUCUUCUUUAAUACGAUAUCAAGCGUUUUAAUCUUGCGAACAAUUUUAUGAGCCACUAAAUGGAAUAUAUAAUAGUAGUUAUUUUUCUUUCUCUCUCUUGUUUAUAGUUUCUAUAAAACGCAUUCAUGUUGUGAUAUUAUGUCCGAUACGAUGCAUGAUUCAUGCAGGUUUGCCUAUUUACUGAAAUACUUGUAAUAUAGCUGUAUAUUUGUUGUAAUUAUUUCUAUUUAAGUCAACGUUGCACAUUACGAUUUGCAUUCAUAGUCUAAAUUAGCAGAUAGUGUUAAUAAUUCGAAGGGGCUGCCGAAUCGCGCGCGCGAAGAAGCCCUAAACAAUUCGCACAAAUAUCAUAGUACAGUCUUACGCACAUGAUUUAUUUAGAUGAAAAUAAAAUAAGCAAAUGCGCGAUUAUUGAAUUAUUACCGUAAAAUGAUAUAAUAUACUUUGCUGCAGUAUAAGAUAUAAUUUCUCUACGAGAAAUUGACGAAUGGCAGCGAGGCAUUGACGAUUUCAGUCGACACGAACCGACACAAGGUGAUCCGAAAAAGCGAGAUCUUUAGGUAGCUAGUUUAAAAAAAAAAAAAGAAAGAAAAACGACCUAGAAAGAAAUAAAGGCAUCCAUGUGACCGGUAGGGUUUCUAUGCCAAAUAUGUGUGUAUGCGCUUUCGCGCAAGUGUGUAUGCGUAGGUUUACGAACCAAAACUGUUCUCAGUAAACUUAAAGGAGUAGCUGAAAAUGAAAGAAGACAGAAACAAGAACUGCUUAGACCUCUGAAACAGUAUGCCGGAUUUUAAUUGCACAGAGUCUAAUCGAAUUGAUUUUUUUAAUUACAAUAGCGCACUUUGGUUUCCAUUUGUCUCCUACAAUUCAAUCAAUGUCUCGUUCCUGAAAUCUUAUUCUGAAAAAUUUGAACUAUCUCAUGUCUAAUUGUUUUUAUAAUUUGGUCAAAACAUGAACUGAAUGCAUCGUGUAUCAAAUAAUAAUAGAAGGAUCCGUAGAAGAAAGGCUGCAAAGAUCCGUUUUAAUUUUUAUUCUCUGGAACUGAAUUUGAGAUCUGUAGACUCAAUUCCACGUUAUGUUAUUAGUCGAAAAGUUCCGCACAGCAAUUUUAUCGCAUCCUUUCACGUAUCAUGUAAGAAUAGAACGGCAAAUACGGUUAUAUUGUCUUAUCAAUGCUUCUUCCCUCUUUUCCGAGAAAAAUCCGACAUCGAGUUUGUCACGCGAUAACCAACCCCCCCCUCCCCCUCCCCUCCCUAGUAUGUAUUACUUAUUUAUUUAGUUAAGUGACUGAACGAACAUGACAAUUUUCUUUUUUUACUACAGUAAACAUUAAACAGAGUUCACCUCAUAAUCGCUAAGCGCAGAAUCUCAACGCCAAUGAACGAGAGCAUAGUUAUAGUACAUAAACAAAGAUAGACUUGUAGAAUACGUUUCUUGGCGUGAACCGAUCUUGCAGGGCGUAUCACGAAUGCACUAUCCGCACGAAGUUCUAUCCGCUACGCUAAAAGGAAAGAAGAUCCAUUACGCUUAGGUCACUAUUAACCGGCAAAAUCAAUAUUGUACAAACAUCUCUAGCAUGGACGUUGCAUACUUAGCAGAUCGUUUCGGUUCCUCGAUGUCGAAGUGACGCGCGUGCGUGCUUGUAAACCGAACUCGUCUUCAUGUCACAAAGGAUGAUUAGGUCCAGCUAAAUGAAAUGUCGACCCAGUUGUAACAAAAUACGUCGAGUAAUCGAAAACGCCGAUACGGAUAGACAUUCAAUAACGUGAAUACCACUUCUCUUUUUUUUUUUUCCUUUUCGAACUUUUUAGUUACGAUGUACCGUAAACGAUUGUAUCUUGAUAUAAAACUGUAUAUUAGGUAAUUUUUAUAUUUAUAUUUAAGGUUUUCUAGAAAUUUUUUGUUGAGCACACAUAUCUUUUUAUAUAAAUAUAUUUUUCGUUCUCUUGGGGAAUUGUUAGUUUAUUGAUAGAUUAUUAUUUUUAUGAUCAAUCGCUGUCCAUCUCGGUUUCUAUUCAAAUCGGCGUUCUCGGUCACUAGAUUUUUUUCUUGUGACACUGCUUCCUGAUCGAGUAGAUAUACCGGUGCGCUAUAUAGAAAGUAAAAGAUACUCUAUUUGAGAGUAAUGCGAAAUGGAAAAAAUGGUACGCACAUUAAGUCGAAUGAGUGAUAUCUCUGUUAAAUUAAUAGUUAAGCGAGGAUUUAUCGUAUAUAUUAUACGUAAGAGUAUAAGAUACGUUGCGCCACGAUACAAGAAUAAGAAGGCGUGUAAUGCGAACUGAUACAACUGAAAAGCGGAGAUUAAAAAGAAAAAGAAAAAGGAGGAAGGGAGGAGCAAGAAAAUAAGCAGUGUGAAAUAGCCAAAUAUGACAAAGAUGUUUUAGAAAGUACGGCAAGUAGUUUGGCCGUCGUUACGUUUUAAUCUAAUCUUCAACUAGGACUAUAGGUUAAGCUCUAGAACUCGAGGGCGCUCGAGGCAGGAUGACAAUUUUCUCUUUUUUUUUCCUCUCGCGAACGUCGUGUACAUGUACAUAGAUCAACAUAGAUUUUUCGAGCACAAAGAUCGUGGAGGAGCGUGCCGAGGAACACACUAUAAUUUAGAAAGUACUUUAAACGAGCAAGCGGAAGAAGCCCAUUCAGACAUACUCAUGAUUCUCGUAACGUUAAAUUAAUGAACGUAGAUUAAUUAAUUGAUUACACAGUAAAUACGUAAAACCGGGACGGAUUUUGAUUUGGAGGAACGUGAUGUGCGUGCUCGUCUUACGUGACGGUUGUCGGAUUGAGGGUCGCGAAAAUCGUCGGUUUCUCGGUAGAUGCACACAUCCCCUUCCGCGUAAAAGAUAAUAGCACAAGAAACCGUAUGCGGGUUCGGAGGAGAAAAAAAGAAAUCGUACGAAUAAGCGUUUGUGGAAAUAGAGAUUUUUCGCAGCCGCACCUCAACGCGGGUGAAAGCAAGCACACAAGAGAAAGAGAGAUUCUGCGAGGUUUAUCUCUCCCUGUAUAUUGUACACUGUAAUUACAAUUUAUACUUACUCGUAAUCGAUAAUUUUAUCGAUAGGCUAUAUUAAUAUUAGUGGCUAGCGUAAUAAGUCAAGCUCAAAUUAGCGAGACGGGAGAGGCGCGAGAUACUUUUUUUCCCCUCGCGGUUUCGUCGCGUCCCAUCUUCAUAAAUGCACAACUUCUUUUCCUUGAUUGUCCCCUUCUUUAUGCGCGUUAUCGUUGCGAGCAGGCCUAUCGUACAAGAUGUUCAUAGAAUCUAGAGGCUAGAUCAGCUCUUUCUCUUUUUCUCCCCGCCUUCUGCCACCCUCUCACGUCUCUAUUCUUUAUUUCUCCUUUUGAAUAUUGGAGGAAUAUCCCGUUAAUGGAUUUUGUUUCCAACCAGUUGCUUUCUAUCGGGAAAAGGAGUUACGGAAGGAUAAUGAGAUUCUUUCGGCUGUUAAAAAAAAAAAACAAAGAACGCGACAUAUCUAGAUGAUAAUAUAAUUUACGAAGAAGUGUAACAUCACUUUUGCCAAAUUUCUGCACAUUUAUGUGUGUAUCUUCAGAUAUUCUCCGAAUUUCCCUCCCUCUCUCUUUACGUCAUUUCAGUCUUCGACCUUCGUCGAGCGUACCUUCCUUCUCGGAUUAAAGGGAUUGUUUUUCUGUGCACAAACUAAUCCAUAUUUUUCAAAUUUAAAUGGCUUAUAAAAUUUCAAAACAUACGGAUUAGAGAACGACGUGCAUAGAGAGGAUCGCUUUUAUUCUGUCGAACAAACGACGGACGCAGGCGAAGCGAAUUCUUGAGCCUGAAUUCUCAACUCCGCCGAUGAUUAAUUUUUACCCUCGUCGAUGAUGAGACCCAGAGCUAGUGAAAUCGCGCAGUGUAACAUAACUCAAUGAUACGCACCGUACAUUAUACGUAUAAUGAUUAAUUAACAAUAAAUACCGUAAAGGGAUUUUUAAAUGAAUCUAGAUGAAUACGUGACUACAUAAUGACACAUCUUACAAGCAACAUAUCCUAGGUAUUUGAGCAGGGCGCUGCCGGAGUAUCCAUCCCGUUUUUGUCGUACGAUUGUACGAUCGACACGAGGACGAGCAUAUAAUUUGAUCGACGUCUCGAAACCGAAAACUGUUUCGAACGGACGCGGCAGCGCCGUGCCAUUCUUUUCGAAUUAUUGCAAAAAAAAAAAUUAAUGAAGGAUGUUCCAUGACAUUAGGACGUUAUUAUUGAUAUUUCUAGCAACGCGUGCGUGUAAAGUUUAAUGUAUCUGUAUAUGAAACAUGAUGCGUGCCUGCGUAUAUGUGCUGUGUGUGUGUAUGUGUGUGCGUGCAUGACAGAUGAGCGAGAAACUCAUACCCUUUCUCCACAAAUCGGUAAAAUCAAGAGCACGAAUUAAUUAAUCGUUGUAAGGUAGCACGAAAACAACAAAAUGACAAAUGAAGAAGAAAUGCCCAGUGAUAUUUGGAUCGCUGAAAAAACCCGAAACAGCUAAAAUUGCCACCUGUUUUUUCCGCUUCUCUCG